AGCAACAAACCACGAUUCGCCGAGCCGAGCCUUCUAUCGUCGCAACGUUGACCAAUCGAUCCACCGAUCGAUCGUUCUGGCGCCAUCGUGCUUCCACCGGAAGUGUGAGUGGCCGCGUGACGCGCGCGUGACGUGCUUACCCGAUAAUCGAUCCCCCCCCGCCCGGUGUGGGCGCCAGUGGCCGUCGGGAGGGAUUAGCCAUCGACCGGGCCGGCGUUGUGUUACGUGAUUAUUAUUGUGUGACCUUCCUUCGGUGUCUGUCCGGGUGUGUAUCUGGUCGGUGGAAUAGUGCAUCGGAAGCCCCCGGUGGUAACAAUAAUGUGAGGUAGUGAAACGUGCUUCCCUCGGUGUACUUCCGGUCACCUUUCUUUGGCCACGAUCACAUCAUAUCGGUACUGCGGAGUUUGGUUUGUUGCGUUCGAUUACUAACGGCGUGUGUACGUCAUCCGGUGGCGACGUGUUCGAAGCGGUUCUUAUCACCAGCCACCGCCAGCCAGUUCACCGUUUUUGCACCGCAAUCAGCAUCAAAGCACAGCACCGCUGGCCCACUCCCGCCCUAGCUCCCUCGGUCUCUGACCUGGUGGAUUGACUUUGGGGGUUUCCUCUUCAAGUGCUGCACUCACAAGAAGCGAGCGCCCCAGUAGUGCGCCAGUGGUGCCCUGUUUCGUGAUUAAAGGCUGGAAAAGCCCAUCGAACGACUCUUGGGGUGGUGUGGGCGCCAGUGAAGACGGACGGUCCUCGGACGGUCUGGCGGGUGUAAAUUAGUCUAAAUUGAAGUGCCACCCAGCAAAACGGGUUCCAAUUGCAUCGCGCAUCGCGACCUCCUAUCCCUUUACGCCCCAACUGGACUGGACUGGACGCGGACUGGGGCAGCGCACUCGUCGUGGACUGGAGGCGGUUUGAACGCGCGCGAGCCAGAUACCAUCUGCCUGCAGUAGGGAAAGCAAUUCACCGCACCGCAAGGGGAACCACUUCAGCAGCAGCAGCAGACAAGUGGAGCAACACGCGGACCAUUGACGCGACGACGAAGCCGACGCGAUGCCCACACGAUGAAGAUGAAGAUGGUGCCGGAGAAGAAGGCGUUCGGGUUUCUGCUGAUCAUCGCGUUCGGUGCCCUGCUGGUCCUGUGGAACAACGUCUACCUCCUUCACCUGACACCGGGCCGCCGUAAGGUCGGCGCGGCCGGGGACGAUGCGACGGAACUGAAUCUCACCGUCAGCCUGGCGCUACUGUUCGAUCGUUGGCACCGGAUCACUGGACAGGCGGUCACCGGGCCGGUCGAACCGUUCGAGCGCCACCACUUUAAUCUCACGGCCAGCGAUCGGAUCGGGAUCGAACGGACCGUUCCGGAUACGCGCCAUCGCAACUGCCAGGAGCAUAGCUACCUCACUACCCCAGGCCAUACCACAUCUGUGAUAAUAACGUUCCACAAUGAAGCCACUUCCACGCUGUUGCGCACGAUCGUGAGCGUACUAGAGCGCACUCCCCACGAUCUGCUGCGUGAAAUCAUUCUCAUCGACGAUUGCAGCGAUCUUGAUGACACCGUCGGCAUACAAUGGGUCGAUGCGGCGGACAAUCUGCUGCACGGUACCGAUCCGGAGACCCUCCCCAACGGGAGUCUUUAUGGGCUCUUUGCUCAUAUUCCUCUUGUGCGGUACUACCGGAACUCGAUACGGCAAGGCCUUAUCCGAUCCCGUAACAUUGGCGCAACGUACGCGAGCGGUCGGUACGUGAUGUUUCUCGAUAGCCACUGUGAGGUGAACCGUGGCUGGCUGGAACCGUUGCACGAUCGGUUACAGCUCGAUCCGACCGGACUGCUGAGCCCUGUGAUAGACAUUAUCGAUGCGGAGACGUUCGAGUACCGGGCGAACAGUGCCCGGUUGCGGGGUGGUUUUGAUUGGAGCCUUCACUUCCACUGGUUGCCGAUCGCGGAGGAAGAGCUGGAGCAUCGGCGCCACGACGAGUCCCAACCGUUCUACAGUCCGGCCAUCUCCGGUGGGAUUUUUAUCGUGGCCAAAUCGCUGUUCGAACAGCUCGGAGGGUUCGAUCCGGGAAUGGAUGUUUGGGGUGGUGAAUCGCUCGAAAUGUCGCUGAAGGCAUGGCUGUGUGGAGCGCAUGUAGAGGUGGUUCCUUGCUCACGGAUAGGCCACGUGUUCCGGCGGAAGCACCCGUUCAGUUUCCCUCCCGAUGGUAGUCAUCUUACUUAUCUGCGCAACACGAAGCGUGUGGCACUGGUGUGGAUGGAUGAGUUUAAGAACUUCUUCUACGAAGUUCGCCCGGAAGCGAUCGCGAUCGAUGCUGGGUCGGUGCGGGCGCAGCAGGAACUGCGCCAGAAGCUGAGCUGCCGCAAGUUUAGCUGGUAUCUGCAGAACGUGUUUCUCGAUUUGAAGCUACCGAACGAGAAUAGUGUAGCGUUUGGGCAGCUACGCCACGGUGAUCGUUGCCUCGGUUUGCUCGAACCAUCGGGCCGAUCGGCGGCCAAUCGCAAGCAACGAUCAGAUGGUUCCUCGCGGCGGCGUGCUAAUGAGGUCACGCUGGUCGAAUGUUCAUCGGAACCGGCCGAUGCGGAUGGAACGGUGCGCUGGGCGCUCCAGAAAACCAGUGGCCAGCUGCGUACCGAACGUGGGAUCUGUUUGACGGUCCGGAACGGGUAUGUGUUGAGUGAACGGUGUCACGGAUCCACGGCAGCUAGUGGUGGGAACGAUGGACAGCGAUGGCAACGCCAGGGAGGCACACUGAUACACCGGCAGAGUGGCCUGUGUUUGGAGAGCUUGAUCAAGAGUGAUGUCGGGGCUUCCAAGUGUCGCCGGGGUGCACCGUCGCAGCUUUGGAGUUUCUCCGUCGAAGUGCAGCAGCUCGCCUAGCGGGCGCAACGGAAAAAAAACCGCAAAACCAAAAAUUGCAAAUAAAUCCACCACAACAUUCCCUACAA